CGAAAAUAGGACCUCUGUGCUCUCCUCCCCUUUCGCACUCUAGACAUUUCGCCUUAACCAGAUCAUGACAAGCAGCAACACCAAGCGGCUAUAUAUAGGAAAUCUCGAUUCAACAGUAGACGAAUAUGCUGUUGUCAAAUUAUUCGAGCCUCAUGGCAAAAUUACGUUUUUAGAUUAUAUGUUUCAUUGGAAUGGGCCGAAAAAGGGUCAACCGCGCGGCUACUGCUUCUUAGAGUACGAGAAAAAAGAGGCUGCACUCAACGCUAUUAGCGCAUUACAUGGCCGCAUUGUUAAGGGUCGUCCUCUAGUAGUAUCAUUCGCACACAUGAAUACCGAACAAGAAGAUCGGCGUGGUCAGACCUCUUCUGGUGCCCAAAAUAGACCUAAUGCAUUUACAAUAUUACGAACACAGCGGAUGGCAAAUGCUAGUACCGAUGCGAGAAUACAAGCAAUUGAACGUAAGCUGGCAACGUUACAGAGUAAAUCAUCUACUCCUGCAAAUGCCGAUCACGGAGCCGCUACCGAACAAUUUGUCUCCAAAUCAUCUUUAUCACCAACACCGUCUUCAGCAACAAUGAAAUCACCAUCCUUGUCAACAGCUGUGUCAUCUUCUUCCUCCCAUCCGCAUCAUCAGCAUCCAAGAUUAAUACGUUCUGCAACAUCAGGCGAAACGAAUAAGUAUCCGAGUAAAUCUACGACGAAAGACUCAUCACCUUCAUCAUCAACUUCUUUCUCUUCUGCAUCACGACGUUACAAACCAUACUAGCUCAUUAAUACACGACUAGCAUCAUAUAUCCACUCGCUGUUCCUUCCUUCUUCUCUUGUUUCUCAUUUUGUAUUUACCGCACUACUUUCAUUUUGCAUGUAUAAAGAAACAUACCUUAAGCACCUUUUUUUAGUUUAAAUCAUACAAUAUUGUUCUUCACAAUAGUACGCUUUAAUUGUGUGUAAAGUAAAUAUGACGGCUAACAUAAAGUGUACUUUUGUACCAACAUGAUGUUCACGGUUCUGCUCCCGAGACUUACGUACCGUUCUUUAUGUGUUCUUCUAAGCAG